AUGGACACCCUAACAAUGAAGCAUGGGCUUGCGUCCGCUAUUCCUUCUCUACCCAUAGAUCAACACGACAUCGAUUCGUUGUCUCCAGGACUGAAGCGGGAACUCGAGCGAUUGGAGCAGGAGUUUUCAGUGGACGCCGAAAAAUUGAAGGAAAUCAGUCUGCAGUUUGAGCGAGAGUUGGAGGAUGGGCUAUCCAAGUAUGGCGCCAACAUUUCGAUGAACGUAACCUGGGUGCUGGGCUGGCCAGAUGGACACGAGAAUGGUUACUUCCUGACGGUCGACCUCGGUGGCACCAACCUCAGAGUCUGCUGGAUCCAUCUCACCGAGCGCAGUGGCGAUAUCAAAGUCACCCAGGAGGAGUAUAAGCUUGCAGAUGAAAUCAAGACUGGAGGGGCAGAGGAACUAUUCGACUUCAUCGCGCAGUGUCUUGGUGAAUUCAUCCGACAGCACGAUCUCAAGGGCACGAAGGAAGAUCCACUUCAGCUGGGCUUUACUUUCAGCUAUCCGGCUCACCAGGAGUAUAUCGACCAUGGCAAGCUCGUCACGUGGACUAAAGGUUUUGAGAUUGCGGGUGUUGAAGGGGAGGAUGCUGCUGGAUUGCUAAGAGCGGCUAUCGAGAAGAAGGCAAGACAUCCUCAUCCUGCCGAUGGCAUCUUUCUCUGA